CGGUGGCAGGGGGAACGUGUCGCUGCGUCACCGCUGUCACCGAUCUGUCACCUCGGGCGUGCGGAGGGGCCUGUGGCGUCGCUGAAGGAGGGGAAGGGCGGAAAAACGACGAAAUAAAGCUGCGCGAGGCGUGCUGCCCGGCGGCGUCGGGCCGGCUCCGUGCGCGGGUCUCGGUUGGAGGCAGACAAAAUGGCGGCUGGGGCGGCCGCCGGUGGCGCUGCCGCGGGGGGCCCGGGCGAGGUGGGCCUAGAGGAGCCCAAGAAGAUGACGAGGGAAGACUGGAGGAAAAAGAAGGAGCUGGAGGAACAGAGGAAGCUGGGAAACGCGCCUGCUGAAGUGGACGAAGAAGGGAAAGAUAUCAAUCCUCAUAUUCCUCAGUACAUUUCCUCAGUGCCAUGGUACAUAGAUCCUUCUAAAAGGCCUACGCUAAAGCAUCAGAGACCCCAGCCAGAGAAGCAGAAACAGUACAGCUCUUCUGGAGAUUGGUACAAACGAGGAGUUCAAGAGCAUGCAAUAGCUACCAGAUACCGUAAAGGAGCUUGUGAGAACUGCGGUGCGUUGACACACAAAAAGAAAGACUGCAUGGAGAGACCCAGGAAAGUUGGAGCAAAAUACACAGGCAUGAAUAUUGCACCAGAUGAACAUGUGCAACCUGAACUGAUGUUUGAUUACGAUGGAAAGCGAGAUCGUUGGAAUGGCUAUAACCCAGAAGAGCACAUGAAGAUUGUAGAGGAAUAUGCCAAGGUUGAUCUGGCCAAACGUACACUGAAAGCACAGAAGCUUCAGGAAGAGUUAGCAUCAGGAAAGCUGGAGCAAGUGAACUCCCCAAGACACCAGUGGGGAGAAGAGGAACCAAAUUCCCAGACAGAAAGAGAUCGUAACAGUGAAGAUGAAGAUGAAGAUAAAUAUGCAGAUGACAUUGAUAUGCCUGGGCAGAACUUUGACUCUAAAAGACGUAUCACAGUCCGAAAUUUACGUAUUCGGGAAGAUAUUGCAAAAUACCUAAGGAAUCUAGAUCCAAACUCUGCUUAUUAUGAUCCCAAAACAAGAGCAAUGAGAGAGAACCCAUAUGCCAAUACAGGCAAGAAUCCAGAUGAAGUUGGUUAUGCAGGUGACAACUUUGUUCGUUACACCGGAGAUACCAUUUCAAUGGCACAGACUCAGUUGUUUGCCUGGGAGGCUUAUGACAAAGGCUCGGAAGUGCAUCUUCAAGCGGACCCUACAAAAUUAGAGCUACUCUAUAAAUCCUUCAAAGUGAAAAAAGAAGAUUUCAAGGCACAGCAGAAAGAAAGCAUCUUAGAGAAGUAUGGAGGACAAGAACAUCUAGAUACCCCACCAGCUGAAUUGCUGUUAGCUCAAACAGAAGAUUACGUGGAGUAUUCUAGACAUGGGACAGUUAUCAAAGGACAAGAGAAAGCUAUUGCGUGCUCUAAAUAUGAAGAAGAUGUGAAGAUCAACAACCAUACAUGCAUUUGGGGUUCAUACUGGAAAGAAGGCAAGUGGGGUUACAAAUGCUGCCACUCAUUUGUCAAGUACUCAUACUGUACAGGAGAAGCUGGGAAAGAAAUUGCUAAUACUGAAGCAAGCUUACUAGAAGAGCAGCCCAGAGAGGAAGAACACAUUACAAAACCCAAAACACUGAUGGAGAUCCACCAAGAGAAACAGAAAGAGAAGAAAAAGAAGAAACAUAAGAAGAGCUCAAAUUCAGACAGCGAGGGUGAAGAGAAAAAGAAGCAAGAAAAACUUAAAAAGGCAUUAAAUGCAGAAGAGGCUCGUCUCCUCCAAGUUAAAGAAAUUAUGCAGUUAGAUGAGAGGAAGAGACCAUACAACAGUGUAUAUGAAACCAGAGAGCCAACAGAAGAGGAAAUGGAAGCCUAUAGAAUGAAGCGUCAGAGACCUGAUGAUCCCAUGGCCUCUUUUCUUGGACAGUAGCCUUGAUGACAAAUCAUCCCAGUACACAGGAAUUUUUUUCCAUACUUGUUUACAAGUCUAUAGACGCUUACCUUCCAUGUGGCUAAUAAAUGCCAGAAAUAGCAGAGAUUUUCUUUGCAACACCGAUGUUGGUAAAAACUUCUUUCAGUAGAUGUAAGCAGUCCAGUACUUGGAGCAAUUUUGUAUGUGUGUGUGUACACACAUAAUUUGUGACUGUGUGUGUAUAGAUACAUACAAAUACGUGUGUGUGUACAAUAUAGAUGAUAAAGAAAAAGAAUACAUCCACUCUAAACCCUCGAUUGGAGGAGAAAUGAUCUGAUACUGUCUGUAAUUCCAGAAAUUACAGAUUGAUUUGGCAAUGCAUGAAUACUUAACAAAUUCAGUAAAACUGACUACCCAAAAGAAGUGAUCAGCAGGUGUUGCUGUUACUAUAAAGCAAAAAUUGUCGAAGAUAAAUUUGUACACCCACUGAAGUCUAACUUUUAUUUGUAAAUGGACUCGCCUGUCACAUGGCUUUAAAAGGAGAAAUAGUUAACUUGAUCACUUUAUAGUAAGAAUUUUGGAAAUGUAAAAUUGAUUGUACAGUUUUGGUUAAAUUAAUAUAAAGGUUUUAAAUGCUAUAUAUCUGUUGUAACUAAAAGGCUAGAAGAAACUGUAUAGAGCUUUUAAAUUCUGAUGGUUUCUACAGAUGCUAACAGGUAUUUCAGGUGUGAAGAUCCAAGUUCUUUGGUUUUCUGUUUUAAAACAAUAUACAUCUUACUUCUGCAACUUCCAGAAUCCUGUUACAUGGUGGGAUGCUAAGUGUUAGACUAAUACCUUGUGAUGUCCUGCAGCAUUUGCUAUAUGUUUGGAAGUAUUCCUCCUUGAACUGGGAAUUCUGCGCUGUAGCUAUUAAAAGUUGAAAAAAUGGGAGAAAAACUUGUUGCCAUAGCUUUAGAGGCAGAAGGAUUGACAAUUUGUUCUACUGAAGCUUAAACAGUCUCAUUAAAUUUGGCUUACGUAUAACCAAAUUAAGUAUGGUUAUAUUAAUGGUAGGACAGAGAAAACUGUAAUUCUAGCUCUUCAAAUGAAGAACCUGAUUAUAAUUUCAACUUUGUAAAUAAUGAAUUAUAUUCUACAGUUAGUAGAAGCAAAUGUUUGUUUUUUUUUUUUUAAAAAAAAGGUAUAGUAUGCUUCACCUAUUCUCACCUGUAAGGCUGUUUUCUUCUUUUAAGCUACUUUUUUCUCCAAAUCUGCUUCCCCUUUACUUUUAUUACAGAAAUACUAAUUCUGAAUGCAGACUAAAAUAAAGCUUUAUUAAAAUUUAAAAGUCCACAGUCAGAUUAAUAAAUCUUAAAAAGUACUUCUUGCACUUGCAGAAGAAAUAUACCAAACUAGAGACACCAAGGAUCUUCAUUCAAGGUGGAAUUGUUAAUAUAGCCAAGUACUAGAAAGAAAAAACUUCAGAGUGGAAAUUAUUUUUUCCAGAGGUUGCUUUUAUAUUUUCACAAAAAACAACAACAAAAAACAACAACAACAAGAAAAAAAAAAAAAACUAUUAGGGACAUUAUUUCCCUUCUGCUAUACCAGUGACUCACUUUCUGAGCUUUCACAUCAGCUCGUGUCUUGACCUUUCUACAUUAUGGAUGAUUUCAAAGCGAUUAUUGCUCUUUUUUUCCACAAGGAAUUACAUACAGUAAGUGUAAAUUUAAAUGUCUUACCAUGUUUCUGAUUUCACAGCCACCUUCUGAGGAUUGAAUAUUUUAAUUUAGUAUACAGAAAUGCUAAUAAUGGAAAUUUUGUGUUAGUCUGCAAUGCAGCUCUAUAUUAAAAGUUCUCUGAUAUUGUUA